CACACCACACCGCAUUUGAAAUUCGGCUCUACAAAAAGCUUUCACAACACUCUUUUUUCACAACAAAAAAACCAAGACUAUAAAGACUCAAUACCUCCCAGUCUGCAGAAAGAAUCACUAACUAACCAUCUCUCUCUCCCCUGUUUUUGUUCUUCAAAUUUCUCUUCUGCUCUUUCUAUACCACAAAACAACCAUGUUAGAUUCCACAAUUGAGUUGAUCACUUUGGCAGCUUCUAAUUCUCUCGUCGUCUUCUGCUUCUGCAACUUGAUCAUCGGCAUUUUACUCGUUGGUGGCUCCAAACCCUAUUCAGAGUUUGGUCAAGAAAGUCCCAUUCCUCCCCCAAUUGUUUCCCAUAGAAACAAAAAUAGCGAUGUAGAAGGAGAAAUUACUAGUUGUUCAUUGAACAACGACAAUGCAUCGACAAUUGUUAGUGAGUUGAGUGCUGAAAAAGCACUGGUUGAUGAAGAAAAAGGGGACGAAGAAGAAGAAGAAGAAGAAGAAGAAGAAGAAGAAGAAGAAGACGAUGAUGAUGAUGAGCUGAGGAGAAGAGUAGAAGAGUUCAUUGAUAAGAUCAACAGAGGCUGGAAAGCAGAGAAGUUGAGGACAUCUCUAUUAGUCUAAUAAAGACACAGUUUGUUUAAAAUAGCAUGAGAAAUGAGGUUUCACUUCUUGCUUGGAUAUGUUUUUGUAACAAUUAUAUGUAGUUUUAUGCAAAGAAUGAAAUUUUCAUAUAGUAGAGAAUUGGAGUUCCGGAUAAGGAAUCGAUUUCUUCAUUCUCCUUUGUACUUUCACCAUUUAUACUCUAUUUAGUGCAUUGAAUAAUUGAGAUAAUGAAGAAGAAAAUUGAGCAGAAAUCCA